UUGGCCCAGGGUUUCCAUGUAAAAAUUUAAAUGAUUUCUUUGAACAUUGUAGUGGUUGUGGGAAAGAAUUUAAAAAUGAGAAUUGUUUUACCCAUCAUAUCACCUCCAAUUUCUGUAGUUCCUCCAAAAAAUGUGAAAAAUGCGGGGUUAUCUGGGAUGUUAAGGAUAAUAAUAGGAACGGAAGGGAGGGUCAUAUUUGCUCUGAGCGUUAUUGUACCACCUGCGGUAGUUACCACGAUCCUAAACGUGGGUGUUACAUCAAGCCCCUGGUCAUUAAACCCCCAAAGGCGUACCGAAUCGUCGCCUUUGAUUUUGAAACAAUGCAAUAUCGUGAGGGGGAUAAGGGUAAAAUGCACGAUGUUAACUUUAUAGGGGUAAAGGUAAAUUGUCCCGGGUGUAUCACCAAUGGACCUGCCCCUGAUUGUAGUGUUUGUGGGGAACAUAGGACUAUUACUUUCUCUACGAGACCUUUCCAAAACACGCCUGUUGACAGUCAAAAUGUCACAGAGAAUCCCUUAGAAGAAUUUGUGUCAUGGAUUAUCGAUUCUUCCGUGACAGACACGGUUGCUUUCUCACACUUUGGGGGUAGAUUUGAUAUGGUAUUAGUU